AAAAAAAAAAAAACACAAUUCCGUGUCUCUCUCUCUCCUCUUCCCCUGAAGCUUCAACCUCACUCUCCAUUGAUCAAAUUUCAGAGACUCAAAAACUUUCAAACUUUCAAAUCCCUCUCCUUUUUUUUUUUUCUCCAAUAUUACCAAAAACGCAAAAACUCAUUGUACUUGCGAAAUUCAUAUACUUUUUAUUUGAUUUCAAUUGAUUAGAAUUUCAAAGAUGCAACAGAGCGAUAUCAACGCUUCAAAUUACCAAUAUUAUCAACCUCCUCACUCCCAUUUCCAAAACCCUAACCCUAACCCUAGCUUUGAUCACGAUCUCAAUCCAAUGCCUAAUACGUAUGCCUCUGCUCCUCCGAUUCCAUAUUCCGAUGCCGAUUUUUCCUCUGCAUACCCUCCAUAUCCCCUGAAUCCACAAAGCUAUGAUCCUUCGAGCUAUAUCCACAAUUUUGAUCCCAAUCCAUCGUUUUCGGAUAAUUCGUAUUCGUCUCCAUACGCAAGCAAUUUUGCACCAUCGACGCCGAAUUAUGAUGAGGUUUUGGGUCGUGGUGGAGUUUAUGCUUAUGAUGGUGGUAAUAUUGCCGGGUCCGAGGACUCCGGUAGGUUAGCUUUCGACGAUUAUGGAAGGCCGAUAAAAAUGUCGGGUCCGGAAGACCGGGUUGGUCAGGGACAUUCGGGUAAGGUUAUCAAAGCAAUCCCAAAGACGGAGAUGGAGGAGGAGGAGGAUGUGAAGAGCGGUGUUCGGAAGUUUCGCGUGCAGGUGUUGGCUGAAAAUGGUGGGCAGAGCGAUAUGGAUGUGCUUUGCCAGAUUGGAUUGGAUGGAAUCCGAAUGCUUGAUCCUGCCACCAGUCGGACAUUGAGAAUAUACCCACUUGAGACAGUGACGGCAUGGGAAGUUCUUGAUGCAUCAGUCUUUGCAUUUUGGGCCAAAAGUUCCAUUGACAUGGAACCAAGAUGUAUUAGGCUGUAUUCAAACAGCUACACUACAAAUGCCAUUCUGGACAUGGUGACAGCAGCAGUGGCUCAGCAGCUCAAUGAGAUGGGUGGAAACAAUAAACCUUCAGACUCUUUUAAGGCGUCUGACCACUUGUUGGAGAAGAAGAAAGGCUUUGGUGAUUGGAUGAACUUAGUAAAACCAGGGAAUGAGGAGAAAGAUCAUUGGGUUCCGGAUGAUGCAGUCAACAAGUGCUCAGCAUGCAGCUUAAGUUUUGGAGCUUUUGUGCGAAAGCAUCACUGCAGGAAUUGUGGGGAUAUUUUUUGUGAUACGUGUACCCAAGGUAGAAUUGCUCUCACUGCAGAUGACCAAGCUCCACCUGUUCGAGUGUGUGACCAAUGCAUGGCUGAAGUUACUCAAAGGCUGAGUUAUGGGAGGGAAACAUCUGAAGGAAAUGCUAAAAUGCAUAGUCACGAAGAUCUUGCAAAGAAGCUUCAGGAGGAGAUGGGAAGAAAUCGCAAGACAUCAGGUUUGGAGUCUGAUGGACCUGGGAUGCAGAUGAGCGAGGUUGCCUGUCCAAUUUGCACUGUCCAUUUGAAGGUUCAGGUUCCGAGCACUGGUUCUGAGACUAUAGAGUGCAGUGUUUGCCAGCAUCCGUUCCUUGUGAGUGCUCAUUAGCCUGCCAUGCCUCUUUAAUUCUUGACAUCAAUACCAAGACUGAUAUACCAUAAGAGUUCAUACUCCAUACUUCCCUUGUAUGUAGUUGAUUGUUUCAGCCUUGUAAUAUGUAUAUUUUGUUCGAUGAAAGUUAUCAAUUUCGCCCCAUAGCUAUUUCUGAUAGUGUCCCUGUAUUCAUUUUGAGAUCUUUGUUCUUUACCCAUUCAUGGGUUGUAUGAACAAUAACGUAUAUUGUUAAAUUAUUUAUUUAUUUAUUUAUUU